CGGAACUGGAAUGUGGCUUCGUGGAGGAGGGAGGCACAUUCGCGACACAAAAUAAAGACGGAAGGAAUGACAGCGCAAACAGCCCUCGAGUCCCACCCGUCACCCGCACCGCAGGCUCUCUCUUGCGGGCCAAGCGCCAGAAGUUUGCUUUCCUCGAAUCCACGCCGAUAAAUAAAAGAAAAAGAACGAAAACACCCACCCCCCUGCACGCACACACACACCGACGCCGCCGAUCCACCCCCUCGAAAUGAAGGGUGAAAGUUCACAGGAAGCUGGGGGGCCUGCCAUUUUUUCUGCAAACAUUUUUCCCCCGAUGCGAAGACGAAGUGUUGCGGGACUGUAAUUGAAUUUUCUCGCGUUCUCUUUUCGGAGAGGUGGGUAGCGAUCCUGGGCGCGCGGCUAUGGAGAGGGUGGCUGAUCAGUCGUGGAGCUCCUCGUACACGUACCAGGUGAGCAAACACAGCGCCGAGAUGCUCAGCAACCUGAACAACCAGAGGAAAAAUGGAGGAAGGUUCUGCGAUGUGAUCCUGCGGGUCGGAGACGAGAGCUUCCCGGCGCACAAGGCGGUGCUGGCUGCCUGCAGCGAGUAUUUCGAGUCGGUGUUCAGCUGCCAAGCAGAGGACGGCGGAGACAGCGGCGGCGGUGCAGGAGGAGGCGGAGGAAGCGGCGGCAACGAGACCAAGGAGCUGGAGAUGCACACCAUCAGCUCCAAAGUUUUCAAAGACAUCCUGGACUUCGCGUACACAUCGAAGAUUGUGGUGCGCCUCGAGUGCUUCCCCGAGCUCAUGACUGCCGCCAAGUUUCUGCUCAUGCGCUCCGUCAUCGAGAUCUGCCAAGAGGUGAUCAAGCAGUCCAACGUACAGAUCCUGGUGCCGCCUGCUCGGCCCGACUUGGCGCUCUUCCGCGCCGGGGCCCCUGACCUCGGCUACCCCCUGGACAUGUCCAACGGCUCGGGGCUGCUCGCCAAUGGCACGGUCUUCCCAGGGGCGCACGACGGGGAGGUGAACCCGCGGGGUGCCAGCCCCCAGGCCUUGGCUCCGCUGCCCGGCCCGGCUCCUCAGCUCUCCCCCCAGUUGCUGGCCGGUCCUUUCCCCGGCGGCGGGGCCUCAGGGGGCGGCCUGGCAGGAAAGCGGGGCCGUGGGCGGCCCAAGAAGAUUGCCAACUCCGACCCCUUGUUGUUUGGCGGGCCCGCCAUCCCCAAAGACGUGGGCUUCUUCCCAUGCGGACUGUGCGGGAAGGUGUUUACUGAUACCAGCCGCUUGCGGAACCACGAAGCCCAACACGGAGCCGCGGCGCAACAACAACAACAGCAGCAGCAGCCGCCGCCUUCGGUACAGGGGCCACCCAUUGGACUCGGAGCGGCUAUCGGACUGGGCGACAACGGCCUGGCUUUGCAGGGCCUCCCAGACACCGCGCGCAAACGCGAGAGGACGAGGCGGCACGUCGGCUGCGACAUCUGCGGUAAAGUGUUCCGAGACGUGUACCACCUGAACCGGCACAAGCUGUCUCACUCCGGAGAGAAGCCGUACGCCUGCCCCGUGUGUGGGCUGCGCUUCAAGAGGAAGGACCGCAUGUCUUACCAUGUGCGCUCUCACGACGGCUCGGUGGGCAAACCCUACGUGUGUCAGAGCUGCGGCAAGGGCUUCUCCAGGCCAGAUCAUCUCAAUGGGCACAUCAAGCAGGUUCACACCUCAGAGAGACCUCACAAGUGCCAGACCUGCAAUGCCUCAUUUGCCACGAGAGACCGUCUGCGUUCCCACUUAGCAUGCCAUGAAGACAAAAUCCCUUGCCAGGUCUGUGGCAAGUUCCUGCGAGCAGCCUACAUGACAGAUCACUUAAAGAAGCACAGUGAGGGACCUCAUAACUACUGCAGUAUCUGUGACAAAGGUUUCUCAACUGCUUCCUACCUAAAGGUCCACGUAAAAACGCACCACGGUAGUGCCCUCCCCGGCAACGCCCAAUUUACCGAGCAGAGGGAUCAGAACGGGGGAGCAGCUUUCCACGCUGGCCGGACAUGUGCUGCUGAAGACUUUUGUGCCAGUCGGAGGCUGCUGGUCAAUUUCCCAGACACAGAUCCACUUUUCCGAGGCUUGCCCCAGGCGCCCCCAGUGCUACCAGCCUGCCCGACCUCUCUUGGCUUCCAACCCGAGGUUUUCUUGGGAAAACCUGGGGCUCCAUACUUUUGGGAGUGCCGGGCGCCUGGAUUCUCAGGGGUCUCAAAUCCUGGGCAUCACGCAGAUGGACAGGAUGACCUGCAGAAGUGUCCCCAUCAGGAUGACAACUCAGACAGUUCAUUCGGGGAGCUGUCAGACACGGGAGAGCUGAAACCCCGUCACAAGGUGGAAGAGAGCCUUUCGUUUCAGUGUGAAGCUACAGCAAGCACUGGUGGCAAGAUGAAGAAUGAACCAGAAAAGAAACAUACCUGUUCUGAAUGUGGGAACUCUUUCCGUUCCAAAUCGUAUCUGAACAAGCACAUACAAAAGGCUCAUGCCCCUCAGAAAGCCCUGGGACCUGCGGGAACACUGGGAGAGCUGGCCCCUAGCCUCAACUCCCCUUUCUCACCCCAACAGAACAUGUCGUUGCUUGAGUCCUUCGGCUUCCAGAUUGUCCAGUCAGCUUUUGCCUCAUCAUUGGUUGAUUCUGAGGCCGGACACAGCAGCAUGAGCCUGGGAGGGAAGUGAUCUGGGGAAGACUGCUUCCUAAGAUGAGACGGGUAGAGCUCCUUGGCAAUGAUUGCUUUCCAGGGUGGAGGUGUAUAGAUAGGGAGGCAGAGGAGAGAGAAGAAAUCAGGAGAUAGUUUCUGUGUGUGGCAAAAAAGACACACUUGAUUGUUGGUACAGGUCUGAGGGGGGUGGGAGUUGUUCAUAAUACCCCAUCAAGUUGUGUUUGAUUUUAAAACUUCCUCCCUGGUGAAGUUAUGUGUAUAGUGCUGUAAAAAGAUAUCUUCUAUCAUGGAAUUUGGGAGGGAAGGGGAGGGAAAGGAAAGGGAGCAGAAGGGUCGGAUGCUUAGUUUAGGUAGGUAGUACUGACAUGUCCUUCACUCAUGCUAUUCAGUGCCACACAUAGUAAUGCGUGGUUUCCAUAUAUCCGGUGGACUGAUGACAUUUUGCUUUUGUGGUGGGAAAUAGGGGCCAGGGAUUAAAAUGUUGAAGAAUGGGGAGCAGGUCUUAGCAGAGCCUACAUAAAUUUUAAUGACUGCCAUGGAUGCCACCUCUGCAGUGUUGGGCGUAUAUCUUGCUGGUCUGUAACCAUUUUGAUUAUGUGAUCCCUAACUGUGACUUGUUGCAUUGUAUCCCUCUAGUAGAAUGGCUGCACACGUUUUGCUCCAGAGGACUAUCAGGUUGUUUAAUACCACUGGCACAAGCUCAUAACCUUCAUUUUUUUCUUUUAAUUUCAUGCAUUCUGUAUGAGUGUGCUCUCUGGGUAUUAGUGAAGGUAGGGAUUCCUUUGGCUUUUACAGUUCCCAUAGCUGUCAUCUUUUUCACAUUAACACUUUACAGUUACUUAGGUCUCUCCUGGCAUCCUGUUGGUUUACCUGGUAUAUGCACUUGACGUUAAGGGGUCUGUUCCGUCUCAACUAAAACCUUGCGCUUCAAAGUAGAUUUUGGCUGUACUUAAUUGUAAACGACUGUCCCCUUUGCGCGAAAAUGUAUAUUUCACACAGGCAGCCUAUACAAGAUAAUUAGUGGUGGUCUUAGUAAAGGCAACUGAAUCAUGUUAAGUAUUAGCACUUUUAGUCCCAUUUUGUCUGCAAGACCACCUACUUCAUCAUGUAAUUUUCUGCACCAUGAUCUUCUGUGUAACAAUCUAAUGCUUCCCCACUUCUUGAUACAAACAGGUAUUCCAUAAAAAAGUCUCACUCUUCUCAGUGUCAGUUGACUUUUUAUUUUAAGAGCCUUCUAAGAAUAAGCACUGUAUCCGCUUCCAUCUCCUAAUAGUUUAAUAUACCCAGUUAUGAAGUAACAUCAUCUAUUUCAGUGUCCUUCCUAAUCAAGUAAAUAGAGUUUGUAAAGAAGUUCUUCUAGCACUUUCUGCGUCUGGUAAUCUCUUUUAGGCAGUUAAUGGCCAUUGCGAGACUAUUGUAGUGGCCUCUGACUUAUUGUGUUUUCAGUAAAGAUUACGUUUCUUUUCUUUUGGUGUGUUCUCCAACUAGGGCCUCAGCCAUGGCUCAAAAGUUAGGAGCAAUUGGCAAUAUUCAUUCAGAUACAAACAGUUAUAGUACAUAUGCUGUCAAAUAUUGCCUGCAUAAGAAUAUCAGUAAAGCGGCAAUACUACGGAUAUGCCUGCAACCAGAAACUAUUUGGGAAUUUGACACAGCAGUUUACAAAACAUACCAAGAGUUAUCUGUUCCUGAACUCCAGAGUCUGGCAGCAGUCCUGACACCAAGCCAGCUAAUUCUGACUUACUGCUUUGACAUUUUCAUAAUGAUUCAGAGCUUCUGUAUCCUGUCUAGGUCGAUUGAAUUACUGGCUUUUUUUUUUUUGCUGAAUCCUCCAUAAUUGUUCAUUAUUGUCCAGCCAGUUGUGCGUAGGAGAGGGCAUUAAGAAUUCAUUAUGCACAGUACAUUUCCUGUGUGCAGUUGAAGGUGGAUGAAGCUGUCCUUUCCACAGCUGCUUUGUGAUCCUGUUCUUCGUCAUUAUAGCCUAGGUGCGCUUGUGAUCAAUCCCUUGGCGCUGUACAGCUGUGCCACGUAAACAGAUCUGCUUUUCAAAGUUUUUCUUUUUUUUCUUUCAAGUAUGCAUUAGAAAAAUAUAACUAAAGAGCAGAUUAAUUAAAUUGUUCAAUCAUACUUGAUUGUAAAACUCCAUACAGGUUAAUUAUUUGGACAGGUUUGUUUUUUUUUUUUUCCUUUUUUGCAGGAAAGAAAUUGAAAGCUUUAACAUUCCUUUUUCCACUAUGAUAGAUUUAAGUGUGAGUUGGUUUUAAUAAUUGUUUUAUCUUGGUUGUACAUGACAUUUGAAUUGCCAUAAACUAGUAUAAUUUAGAUACUAGAGGCCCGAGACUGAAGAAUAAGGUAGAAAUAGGUUACUUGCUUUAAAUACAUGGGUCUAAAAAAAAAAUCUUUUUUGGAACAAACUGGAAUUUCAAAAGUGACAACGUAAAUGUGGGUAUUGACAUAUUUGGAAAUAAAAAAGAAAGAAGAAAAUUCAGAGACCUAAAGGUAAAUUAAACCUCUGCUUCGAGAACUGUGCCACUCUAUCAUGACUAUCUUCCAUUUUUAGUGGAAGCCAUUCGGAACGGUCCUAGCCUCACCGCUACACCCUCACCCCCUGUUGUUUCCUUGGGAAUGUCACGGUACCCUCCAACCUUGCCAUCUUCCCCAUGAAAAAUGGUGGCCUUCUUUGUUGAAUGGUCGCCCUUGCAGCCAAGGCAUGGAGUGGGUCCGUGCAUCAGUUACCAGUUAGACCAUUGUUUGUGUCUAGUUUGUAAUUCUACAGAUGGUGCCCAGGUGUAGAAUAAGAUAGGAUACAACUAUACAAUAAAAUGCAUCAGAUGUGACAAGUGGCUUUUGAACUCCAAAAAAUUCACGUUGCUGUGAAUAUUGAGAGAUGUAUGUGUGUUUUUUUUUUAUUUUGUUUUUUUAUUUUUUAAUUAUGCAGAUGCCAGGCUUCAAGGCUACAUCUUUGGAAGAAAGUAUUACAUGUUGUACUAGGAUUUUAUGUCUUAUUUUAUUUUAAACAUUUGGAGUGUUGCACUUUUCUAUAUGUAGUGGCUUUAAAAGUUGGAUUCUUGGUACAAAAUUAUAAUCUAUUGGUACUAAAUUAUAAUUUAUUUUGGAAGCAGAUUUAUUCAGGGGCAUUGUCAAACUCUAGCCCAUUUACAAACUCUAGAUGAAUGAGCAAACCCCAUGCCCCGCCGACCCCACUACUCUUUGUGCAGUCGGUUUGGAGCAAAGUGCCUUGUUAAGGUCAUUUAUGUGCAGGUUAGGGGUCAUGAGGACAGCUAGCAACACUGGCGUACACUAUAUGCACCAGUCCUGCAGGUCAAAGUCCUUCACAAAUCUCCAAAAACAAAUUGCAGCUUUCUCUUGAUUUAUUUUCAAUUUGUUUAUGUGUUUGUUUGUUUUGUUCUUUUUUUGUAUACAUUAAAUAUAUACAUACCUUUUCUAUAGAUGGGGUGUUGGUUUUGUACGACAUUUUAAGUUGUUCUCUGUAUGUUAGUACAGAGGUUCUUUUCAAUUAAUAAAAAAAAAAAACUCUG